AUGUUCGCAUGCUCAAUUCUCAGAACAACCGUUAAGAAAGUUCCGGCUAUAAACACUAUCCGAUUACUUUCAUUUAAUGCGGCCAAGCAGCCAAAAAUCAGAAUUGGAUCGAAGGCACCAAAUUUCGAAGCCCCUUCUACGGUUGGUAAGCUUAAUUUUUACAAUUAUCUUGGCGACUCGUGGGGUAUUCUUUUUUCACAUCCGGCCGAUUUCACACCUGUGUGCACGACUGAAUUGGGUGCAUUUGCAGCAAAGAAGCCAGAGUUUGAUGCAAGAAAUGUGAAAUUGCUUGGCCUUUCCGUUGAUCCAUUGGAGAGACAUUCGAAAUGGGUGGGAGACAUAGAAGAUAUCUCUUUGGGAGGAAAAAAAUUCAACUUCCCAAUUGUGUCAGAUAGCACAAAGCAAGUUGCAUAUUUGUACGAUAUGCUCACGGAGGAUAAUUUUAAGAAGAUUACUUCGGGCCCCGUUACAACUAUUAGGUCUGUUUUUAUUAUUGACCCCAAGAAAACAGUUCGCUUGAUUAUGACGUAUCCACCUUCCGUUGGCAGAAAUACCGACGAAGUUUUGCGGGUUGUGGAUUCGUUACAGGUUGGUGAUAAGUUGCAUGUUGUUACCGGCGUGAACUGGAAAAAGGGAGAUGAUGUCAUCAUCCCACCAUCACUUUCGAACGAGGACGCUAAAGCCAAGUUUGGUAGUUUCAAGGUGGUUAAGCCAUAUUUAAGAUACACUUCUCCCGGAAAGAACUGA